AUGAAGAAGGUGAACGAGAAGCGGGCUGUCAACUUGCCCAAGAUACCGAGCCACUACGACGGCGCGCCAUCCGAGCCGCCGCCCGUGAACGCGUCGCCGCGCCGCGGCAAGGGCGUCAAGCCGAUCGAGAUGGACAUGGGCACGAUGCCGAUGCUCACGUCCGUGAGCCCGACGACGCCGACUUCGGGUGGCCGCCCGCCCAGCAUCCGCACACGGAAGCUCGAAGAGCAGACCGGGCCGCCCAGCGACAGUGCGUUUGGGGCUGUGCCGCCCGCGAACGCGGCGUAUGACGUCGACCUCUCGGCGCUCGACUUGGAGAUCGAAAAGCUCAAGCAGAUUGCCGCCAACGCCGAGAGCCAUGUCGACAUGAUCUACAGCAACGACGCCAAGCGCAAGGGGUACUACAAGCAGAUCAGCGGAGAAAUGGGCUACAUGGAGCAGGAAAUCUCGCUGCAAAAGCGAGAAAUCUCGCUUCAAGUCGACAAGCUCGAGAAUGAGAAAAAGCACCUCGAGAUCAUCGCCGCGACCAAGGAGCUGCAGGUUGUCGCCCUCGAGAAGGAGCGCGGACAGCUCCAAGAUGCACUGCGGAAUCAAGGCGAAGCUAAUGCGCGUGACAUGGCAAUGCGGGAGGUGGCCUUGCACAAGGUCGAGGCCCAGCUGCGCGAGUGCCAAAAAAUGCUCGGCGACACGGAAGACAGUUUGAUUUCAGCCCGCGUCCUGAACGACGAGAUUGCCACGAGCCUCAAGAAGCGCACGUCCGACUUGGAGCACACGCGCAGCGCGCUUGAAGUGGCGCAAAAGACGUGCGAGCUGCACAACGCGACUCUGGCCGCGCAAGCCAAGCGGUUCGAGUCGCUCGACGCGGCGCUCUUGCUUGCGCAAAGCAACAUGCAACAACUCGAGUCGCGGACGGCCGAGCAGAAAGCCAUGAUCAAGCAGUACAAAGACGAUGUUCUGGGUCAUAUCGGAACGCAAGACAAGCUCCGCGCAGAGCUCAAGAAUGCGACGGACGCGCGGCAGCAGCUCACCAACCAAGUCAAAGUGCUUGAAAAGUCGAUCGCGACCUACAAGCGCCAGCAAGUCAAGCUCGAAGCGGCCAAGACAGCGCAGGACGCGCAGCUCGCGGCCGCGCGCACCAAAUGCAAGAUGCACAAGGAGACAGUCGAUAGUCAAGUCAAGCUACUGCGACGUCAAGAAGACGCGCUUGUGGCUCAAACACUAUCGCACGUGGCCGACACGGCAACCAUUGACGCGCAGGAAGCCCACAUUGCGUCGCUCGAGGCGACGUGUGCCAGCCAAGCGGCCGAACUGAGCGUAUUUGAGAGCCAAAUGCGCGCCGGCGAAGUCCAGCACAUGAAGAAUCGAUCGCUCAUUGAGCUGCUGCAGACCAAAGUUCAAGGACUCACGGACGUCAUUGGACGGCAGGACAAGGAGAUUCUCGUCAGCCGCGACCGCGUCCUUGUCCAAGACGCACUCCUCGCCACCAAGGACACGGAGCUCGUGACGCUCAAGGUGACGUGUGACACGCAUGCGCGGGACCUCGCGGCGCAGAUCGAGGCCAAUCGCAGUGCGACGGCGGUACACGCAGGCGUCGUGGCCGGCAUGCGCGCGGGCAGCGACGAGAUGGCGGCGCGCUUUGAUGCGCUUCAGAUGGACUUUGAGGCCAAAGUGCUGGAGAGUGAAGACCGGCUACGCAAGACGCGCGAUCUCGAAGCCCAAGUGCGCGCGGCCGAGGCGCUCGCGUCGGCAACGUCGGACCAGCUCAAGGCGCGCGAGGCCGAGUUUGCGGCCAACCGCGCGCAGCUGGAGCUCCAGGCCACACAAGCUCAAGACGCGUUUGCCGCGCAACUGCAAGUCGCCAACUCCGAUGCGGCGGCCCGGAUCGCGGCUGUCGACAGCGAGAAGGCCCAAGUCGAAGCCGCGCUCCGAAACGCCGAGUCGGCGCUCCGCCACGUCGAGGAAGCCAACGCCGAAAUGAAGUCUGCGUACGAGCAGACCGUGCGAGCGCGCGCCGAGACGAUCGAGCAGGAUGAAGAGCGCAUCCACUUGCUCGAAAUUCAAAUCAAAAUGAACGCCGAGCAAGCCAUCAAGCGUCGCCAGGUCCUCCAAGACGAGUUGGACCGCGCCCACAACGAGUACCGCGAGAAAUUGCGUACGACCGAGCGGUCAUAUGCCCUCGACGUCGAGCGGCUCGACGCGGCCCGGAUCGCGGAGCGCUCGGCGAGUGCGGCGGCCGCCGCCACGAUGGAGGCAAGCUUGCGCAGCGAUGUUGCAGUUCUCACGCAGCAGUUGGCAACCGAGCGCCAAGCGGCCGCCGACUCGAGUGCAUCCCUACUCGCCCAGCUCGCGUCCAAGCACGACGAAUGCGAGAGAGCUAUCGCUUCCGCCACUGCGCUCGCCACCAAGCUCGAAGCCGACACAACAAGCUUUUCAAGUCAAAUUUCCAUGCUCAAAGAAGAGGCGGCUGGCCAUCAGCGGGCCACGCAAGAGGCACUCGCCACGCUGCAAGCGACCAUCGCCAAGGACGAAGCCGCGCUCGCCGAGUGCCACAGCAACUACCGAACCGAAAUCGAAGGGCUGCAGGCUUCGCACGAUGAUAUCCUCGCCAAGCGCCAAAAGGCUUCUGUCGCGGCGCUCAACGCGUGCGAAGCUGACUGGCGCCGGCGCUACACGACGCUCGUGGCCGAGACCAACGACCGGUAUGCCGUCGCGACGGCGGCGCACGCCGAGGCUUUGGCCGCGCUCGAGGCCAAGAGCGCAGAGAUCCUCAAAACGAUGAAAGAGACCUACGAAGGUCAGGCCACGUCCUUGCGCGACGGCCAGCGCCAUCUCGUCAUGCAGCACGAAGACGAGAUUGGCCACUGCCACGAGAUGUACAUGGCGCAGCUCACACAUUGGCACGCGACGUACCAAGGCGAGCUUGCGCACUGGCAUGCCACGUACCAAGGCAAGCUCGACGCCAAGCAAGAAACAUACGAGACAGACUUGGCAGAGUGCCAUGCGAGUUACAAGGAGCAGCUCGACGCCGCGGCAGACGAUGCCGAAGCAACGCUGGAUGCAACGAUCGCUGCGUCCGCGACGACACUGGCGACGACGAUCCAAGCCCAUAGCCGGGCAAUGGCAGAAACCACCGCGUCCUACGACGCCGAGUUGGCAUCGGUCAAGGCAGAGAAAGAGGCGCUCGAGGCGACCUUUGCGACGACGACGGCAACCUUGCAAGAGCAGUUGGCAACGACCACGGCCACGGCGGAGGCCACGCUCGCGGCCACGAUCGCUGCUGCGGAUGCGACGCUCGCAACGACGACAGCUGUCGCGGCCGAGACGCUGGGUACGGCCAUGACCACGGCAGAGAAGCAGCUCGCAUCGACGACGUCAAUGUACGAAGACAAGCUAGCGGCGACCAUCACGGCCGCGGAGGACAAGCUCGCCGCGACAACCGCCGCCGCCGACGCCAAGCACAACGCGGCGGUCGAGUUGCAUGCGGCACAGAGCGCGGCGGCGAGCGCGCGUCUCGCCGAGACUACUGCAAAGUACGAAGCCGAUUUGGCGCACUGGCACGCCACGUACCAAGGCCAGCUGGCGACGGCCAAGGCGACGCACGAGCGAGAAUACGCGGCGUGCGUCGACGACUACUCGGGCCGCUUGAGCGCUAGUACAGCUGCGUACGAAGCCCAGCUGAGUGAAACGCACGCCUCGUACGCCGAGCAAAUGGCCGAGGCUAGCGCUGAGCACAAACACAAGCUGGCGACGACCGAGGCGGCUCUAAAGGCCCAGAUUGACGCUACCGAGGUGGCUCUCAAGGACAAACUCGGGUCCAGCGAAGCGAGCUACAAGGCGGCGAUCGACGCCACCGAGUGCGCGCUCAAAGCCAAGCUCGCGUCCACCGAGGCGUUUUACCAAGACAAGCUCCUCCGCACCGAGACGAGCCUCAAGGACAAGCUCGACGCGACGGAAGCCUCGUACAAGGCCAAGCUCGAGGCGGCCGAGACCAACGGCAAGGAGCGCUUGAUGGCCGCCGAAGCGACAGCCGCCGCCGAGCUCGCAACCUCGAUUGCGUCGUACCAAAGCCAGUUGAGUGCGGCAAAAGCCGUGUACGACAAGAACAUGAGCGACACGCUGACGUCGUCGGCAGCUACGCUCGAGGCCGCGACUGCCAAGAGCGCCGUGCAGAUCGCAGCGCUCGAAGAGUGCUUGGCGUCGACCAUUGCGUCCUACAAGGAGCAACUCGCGACGCUCAAAGCCGAGACGGCCGAUGCGCUGCGGCUGAGCCACUUGACGCAUGACGAGCAGCUCACGAGCUGCAAGCGCGAGUACGAGGCGACGCUAAAGCAGCGCCAGGAUGCAUACGAAGAAACGCUGGCGCACUGCACGGCUGAGUAUGAGGACGGCAUGGCGGCGCGGAAGGCUCAGUACGAAGAGGUCUUGGCCAAGCGCAAGGAAGUCUACGACGAGACCCUAGCCGCGCGCAAGCACGAGUACGAGACAACGCUCAUGAGCCGCCAGUUUGAGUACGAGUCGACGCUCGGCAGCCGUCAGUUUGAGUACGACUCGACGCUCGCGAAUCGACAGGCCGAGUACGAAGCGACGCUCUCUCGGCGCAAGCAAGAGCACGACGAUGCGAUCGCGGCCACGGUUGCGUCCUACGACACGCAGGUGCAUGGGUACGAAGGCCAAGUGGGCGAGAUGAAGGCACGGUACGAAGCCCAGCUAUGCGAGACGAUUGCGCGCUACGAGAUGCAACUCACCGAGUACGGUGGCCGGUGCGCGAGCCAGCUCGCGUCGUCGUCGUCGGUGUACGAGACGCAGCUCACCAAGUGCAAAGUCGGGUACGAGAUCCAGCUGCAGAGCGCGCUCGCCAACUACGAAGCGUCAUUGGCCGAGACAAAUGCCAAGUACGAAGCGACGCUCGCAACGACAACGACGUUGCUUGAAACGCAGCUCAAUGAGACCCGGUCAGACCUCGAAACGCGCCUCACUGAAGCUGAGACCAUGCUACGCGAGUCCACGGCCACGUACGAAGGGCAGCUCGAAGAGAUGGAGUCCGAUUAUGAAACCCAGCUGCGGCUCAUGGAAGCCGACUACGAGUCGCGGCUCAGCGACAUGGGCACCGAGCACAGCGCAACGCUGAGCGACAUCACGGCCAAGUACGAAGCCCGAUUGAGCGACAACACGUCGGCCUAUGAGACGCAACUCCAAGACACCAUUGCGAAGCUCGAAGCGAGUAUUGCCGAGACUGCAGCGGCCCACGAUGCGCAGCUGACCGAGUCGGCCGCUGCAUACGAAGCCCAACUGGCCGACUCAAUCGCGAGCUACGACGCGCAGAUCGCAGCCAACCAAACCGCCUACGACGCCGAGCUCACCGCGGCCAAGACGGCCACGAUCGAUGUCAAAAAGGCGUUGGAAGCCGAAAUCGCCGAUGCCAAGGCGGUCCACGACGCGCAACUGAGCCACACUAUCGCGAAUUACGAAGCGCAGCUCGGCGACACGACGGUGCGAUAUGAAAACCAGUUUGCAGACGCGCGCAGUCGGUACGAGACGCAGUUUCACGACACAAUUACGCGGUACGAGAAGCAGCUGGACGACACGAUCGGGCGCUACGAGAAGCAGCUCACCGAGACCAUCGGGCGCUACGAGACGAUGCUCAGCGAGGCCAAGCACGCGCACGAGUCGGAGCAGACCAGCACGACGAGCUCGUAUGAGACGCAACUGAGCGACACAAAGGCGUCGUACGAAGCCACGUUGCACGCGUCGACGACCGAGUACGAAGCAACGCUGCACGCGACAACGACCAAGUACGAGACAAUGUUGGCCGAGACGAUCGAAAGCUACGAAGCAAAGCUCCGCGACACGAUCAGCGGCUAUGAAGCCAAGCUGCACGAGACGCUCGAGGCGCACGAGAGCAAUCUCAGUAGCACCGUCAGCCAGCACGAGACGGUACUGAGCGACACAAAGGUAGCCGCGGGCACGCUUUUGCGCGAGACGACAGAGAGUUACGAGACCAAGCUCGCGUCGUCGAGUGCCAACUACGAAGCCACGUUGAGCGCAACGAUCGAGAACUACGAGACGACGCUGGCGAGCGCUAAAGCGACACACGAAGCCACACUUCUCGAUAAGACGCUGAGCUACGAGACCACGCUGCGAGAGACCACCGACCGGCUCGAGACGGCUUUGCGGGAGACCAAAGAUACGCUGGAAGCCGAGCUUGCCGAGACCAAGACGGCGCUCGAAACACAGCUCGCGACCACGAUCGGGAAAUACGAAGAGGCACUCGCAACGACAAAGGAGUCUCUCACGACGCAGCUACAGGACACGACUGCACAGCACGAAGCAACGUUCACCGAGACCACAUCGCAGCUACAGACCGAACUUGAUGAAACCCGAGCCCGGUUGGAAGCGGAGGUCGGUGCGGCCAAGGACGCGCACCGCGCAGAAGUAGCGACCCUCACGUCGGCGUAUGAGACCAAGCUCCGCGAGACGGCCGAGGUUCUCGAAGCGCGUCUUCACGCCACCACGAUCGACUUCAACAAUGAACGAGUCGAGGCCAAGCGGAGCUGCGACGCGCAGGUGACCGAGGUGACGGCGCGCUACGAAGUCCAGCUGCGUGACGCUACGUACCGCUACGAGGCGCGGAUGGCCGAUGCAGUCGUGCAGCACCAAGCCGCCACGGACGCCAAGGUCGCCGCGCACACGGCCGAGGUCGAGGGGUUAAAGGCCGAGCUGUUGGCGACAACUGAGCGGCUCGAGGUGCGGCUGCGGGACGUUACCAUCGGCUACGAGACGCUUUUGAGCGAUACGAAGGCCGAGUACGAAGCUCGGAUCGCUGCGCUUGUGGCCUCGAGCGCUGCUGAGCUUUUAGAGACAAGAACGGCGCUCGAAGCGCAGCUGUUCGACACGAAGACAUCGCUCGAGACGCAGCUGGUCGACUCUACCACGUCGCUCGAACGGCAGUUGCAGCGGACAACUGAGCACUACGAGACGCUCCUCGCCGACACAACGAGUCGGUACGAAGAGGAAAUCGCAACGAGCACGCGCAACUACGAGACGCAGCUCACGGACACAAUGACGCAAUACUCGACCGAGCUCGCCGAGGCGGCGCGCGUACACGCGGCGGAGCUCGCCGAGACCAAGACAUCGCUCGAGACGCAGCUGUGCGAUGCGUUGACCAUAGCCGACGCCGAGCGGACGGCGAACAAGAGCGCCCAUGAGAGCGAAAUGGCGUCGACCACGAGUCGCUACGAAGCGCAGCUCUCGGCGCUUCAAUCAUUGACGGACACCACGCUGCGCGAGACGACCGCUACGUACGAGACCACGUUGGCGGCCCAAACCCGUCAGUACGAAGCAACGCUGGAAGACACAACUACGCGCUACGAGGCGACGUUGCGCAACGCCGCUGCGGCCCACGAUGCUGCGCUGGCGAGCGCCACGACGCACUACGAAGGUCUUUUGCACGACAAGACGACGUCGUAUGAGGCCGAGCUCAGCAGCACCAAGAGCAGCUACGAGAGCACGCUGCGGUCGACGACCACGCGGUACGAGUCGCAGCUGAGCGAGACCACUAUGCGCUACGAGACGCAGCUCCGUGAGACGACGACGCACUACGAGACGCACCUCAGUGACACGACGACACGGUAUGAAACGCAGCUGCGCGAGACCAAGCGCGCGUACGAAGCCCAGCUCACCGACACGACGUCUCGCUGCGAGACCGAGACGCGCGGGACCAAAUCGAGCUAUGAAACGCAGCUCCGGGAGCAUACGCUCAAGUACGAGACCGAGCUCAUUGACGUCAGAAGUGCGUACGAAGCGCAAUUGAGCGCGCUGAAAACAGCUUACGAGACGCAGUUGAGUGACCUCAAGUCCAACGCGGCGCUGACGCUUUCCGAGACGAAUGCGUCGGCGCAGGCCACGCUGAGCAGCUGCACGUCCAGCUACGAGACGCAGCUCAGCGAGUCCAAGGCGUCGUACGAAGCGCAACUCGCAGAGUCCAAAGCCUCGUACGAGAACCAGAUACGAUCCAACCAGGCCUUUUACGACGCUCAGUACGCGGCAAGUCUCGAGGCAUACCACGCCGACAUUGACCGAACCAACGCCGCGUGCGAGGCGUCGCUGGACGCGAUGAAAGACGCGAAUGCGAGCCUCGUCUCGCGUCUGGAAAAGCAAAUCGCCGACCUUGAGACAGCCCAUGACGCGGCGACGACCGCGGCCAAAGAUGCCCACGCCGCUGCGAUCGCCGAGUUGCAUCAGCAGCUCGACUUGGCGCAGCAAGACCAUGCUAAGGCCCUGACAGCAGCGACGGCCGUCCUUGAAGCCCAGGUUGCCGCCUUCACGGCGGCACAUGAGAAGGAGCGAUGUACGUGGCAAGAAGCCCGCGCCCGCGACGCUGAGGCGGCCACCGAAGCGUACAACACGAUCGCAAUGACAUCGGAAGCCCUCGAGACCCAGCUGUUGGCAACUGUGGAGGGCUGGGACGCGACGCAGGAUGCGCUGCGAUCGCUCCGACAAGUGCACGAGAAGGCCGUCAAAUCGCACAAGCAAGAGGCCACCGAGCAAGAUGAGUUGCGCGUGACGCUCUUCCGAGAGCUGGCGGGGAUGGGCCAAGACCUCACGGCAGCGCUCACUGGCAAUUUUGUGCUCAAGCGCAUGAAGGAGGCGUGGACCCCCCUACUCAGUGAGCAGUACCACCCCAACUUGGGCACCGAGUGCGAAGCAAUGGCGACGCUUGACGAUCUCCAAGCGUUUGUGGCCGCGAUCCUCGACCUUGCGACCGAGAGGCAGCGCUUUGCCAAGGUAUCGGGCCGCCUCAUGAGCAUGGAGGCCCUCGACGUCGUCGUUCGCGAUAAUGACAAGCUCUGGAGCAGUCUCGGAGCUGCCAAAGACCGUGUUGAUACGAUGGACAAUGUGAUUCGGGUCGUGCUGGAGCACGACCAACUGCUCAAUGCGUACCCGAGCGUGCUCACCGAUGUCAGUGGUACACCGAGCACAGCGCAUGUCCUCUCGGUGCUCAAUACGUACCAAACGAUCCGCGUCGAAGCGGGUCGUAUUCUUCAAGCCUCGGGGCAUUUGAACGAGCCCGAGAUCCUAUCUGCGCUCCGCGAGUGGCAGUCGUGCCGAACCCAUGUCGCGCAAGCACUCGGGUGUGGGCGACUAACGUGCACGGAGGCAGAGAUGGUGGCGUUCAUUGAAGAAUUUGUGGGCCUGCAAUCCCAACUCAAGUCACGACUUCAGCUCCCAAAGAUUGGCGCCGUGCAGAUUUACCACUACAUUGACGAGUACCAGAGCCAUUUGACCCAAGCCGGCAUUGCACUCGCCAAAGAGAACGUCGAUACUGCGACACUUCUCGAUCUCGUGGACGAAUACGAAAAGCUCCGAGUUCAAGUUGCCGCUACCGUCAACACGGAGAAGGCGCUCACGAACGCCAAGUCGAUCCUGGGGCUCGUCCAGGACUUUCACAAGGUACGCGUCACGGUGACGCACACGCUCGCGCCGAAAGCGGCCGACACACUCAUCUCGGCCGACGGCAUCAUCAAGGUCGUCGAAGAGAGCCGCAAACUGCGCGUCGACAUUGCAGCGAUUUGGGCCACGGACGUUGCUGAUGUGGCCGACGUGCACAUCACGUCAGCGCUCCAAGAAGCCUACAACUUUCGCAACCAAGUGUCCACGAUCCUCCACGUGCCGCGGGACACGCUCAACCAUGCGCAGAUCAUGCGCCUCGUCCAAGAGUACACGCAGCUCAAGCUCGACGUUGCGACCCAAUUGCGCAUGACCGAGGCGGUCUUGCACGCCAAGGACAUUCUCCACGUGGUUGAAACCCACCAAACGCUCCGCGCCGACGUCACAAAACUGUGGAGCUCGAGCGAGACAACGCUGUGGAGCACGCCCAAGGAGAUUCUCGGUUACAUUGGCGACUACCGGGACCUCCGCGCACGCGCCGCGACCGCCUUGGGGCGCGACGGGCUCUGCACGGCAGACGAAAUCGUCGGAGUACUCGCGUCGUUUGUCGAGCUCGGCGCCAAGCACCGCGACAUGGCGCGGCAGAAAAUGAACACGGACGCCAACAACAAUGCUCUGCAAGGCUCGAUGGAGCUCAUGCAGAAAGCCCUUCAAGACUACGAGACGCGGCUUUCCGGGCUCGGUGUCAAGUACGCGUGUCCGUUCCAGGCCACGCCCGAGAGCACCGCGACGUUCUUUGCAGCCCUCGAUCGCAAGCUUCAGGAAGGCCGGGACAUGGACGUGGCGUUCUACCGCCGAAAACAAGCCCACGAACAAGACCUCGCGCACCACGUCGCCGCCAUGGAAGCUGUGCAGCGAGAAGCCGCCGCGACGCUCGAUGCGACGCUUCGCGACUGGGCGGCGAAACUGGAAAAGGCCGAGAAGGCGCGCGUCACGGACGUGGCCGCAGUGCAGCAGACGAGCCGUGACGCGCUUGAGACAACCAAGACCGACUGCGCGGCCCAGAUUGCACGCAUGACGGCCGAGACCCGAAGUCAGUUGGCACAACUCGAAGCCGAAGUCACGUCACUGCGUAAUGCGAAACUCAAGGAGCAGGCCGAGUACGAUGCGACCAUGACGUAUCUUCAAUCGGCACUCAACACACAUGCGGCGGGCGACAAUACCAAAGACCCGCAGGACAAGGCCGCCUUCUUUGCGCGGUUUGUCGACCGCGACCGCAUGCUCAUGGAGCUCGUGUACACAUCGAUUCGCAGCGUGACGCAGCUGUUGACGCCGCCGAAAACGAGCACCUUUGUACUGCCAACAGAGCUUUCGCAAGCGAUCCUCGGGUGCAUCAAGGAGCUCAAGCGCAUGAAGGAGUUUGUCUUGGGCUCGUUUGACGCGCUCCAGCGGGACCUCGCGCCGUUCUUGCCCUUUGAUGUGCAAUGGUACACGGUCGAAUGGACGCCCGGGACCGACAUUGUACCGUGGUACAUUGACAGCUUGGAGAAGACGAACGCGGUCGCGCGCCUCCAGUUCCACCUCUUCCUCGCCAAGGCCAACACGAUCCUCAACGUCGCGAUGAGCACGCAGCGCGAGCGCACCCUCGAUGUGCUUCAGUUCCUUCGGCGGUCGGUCGCGCAGGAUCCGGCGUCCGCCGAGAAGGACGCGCGGGUGUUGCAGCUGCGACUCGCCGACGCGAUCGCAGAGAAGGAGACGACCGCGAUGGAGGUCGCACUCAAAGACAGCUUCUUCAAGGAGCUCGUGUCCCAGCACGAGGCUAUUUCCAACGAAAUGCAAGCCAAGCUCGAGGCGUACCAUGGCCUCCUCAUGCACCAGGCCUCCGCCAACCAGAGCAUGCUCGUGCCCGCGACCGCCGCGCCGCUCAAGACGGACACCAAGCUCGAGCGCGCCAUGCCGGGCUUCCGCCCCAUCCCGCGCCCAAAAUGGCAGGAAGAGGACGCGACGACGAUCACCACGUCCAAUGGCAAGACACUCAAGGAGCGAUUUGUGAGCGACUUGGCGACCGAGACGGGCCAGAACGCCACACAGAGCAUGGCGGCGCUGCGCAAGACGGGCAGCCUCGCGUUCGCCCCGACGAUGAAGCUCGAGCGUCGACCAACACAGCCGUAUGCGCCGGUGGCGGCCAAGACGCCGCCGCCGUCGAGCACGACCAUGAGUUCUGCGGCGCUGUUGUACCAAGGCGUCAAGAACGUUGGCGGCGCGUCGGUCUCGGUCGCCAUCGGCUACACGCCGACCAAGCUCGGGCUCCUUGUCGACGUCUUCAACAUUGACACCGAGACCCUCCAAGCCAUUCAAGUGUCGAGCGCAUCGCCGCUGUUGCAGCGCUUUGAGAAGCCGCUCGUCGAGCUGUCGAGCGUGGAACGGACGCAGCUCGUGGAGCUCAUCCUCGCGCGCUUGACGCGCCAUUCUUCGAGUUCGGGCGGUCAAUUUGACAUUGACGAUCAGCUCUAGUCGCCUAGUGUAUAUGUUUGUAGAGAUAUAUUUUGUCUGUUUUUGUAUUUCAAAUCGGU